AUGGGUUGGGUGUACAUCUCUGGCUGGAGAGGGCCUCUCAUUACAACUUUCAGCAUUGUCAUUUUGUUGAACUGUCUCUAAUACCUGAAGGCCCUUCUUGCUCUUAGGUCCCUGACAUCCUGGGCAUCUGAAGGAGAGUAUGGCAAUUGUCCCAGGGUUGUUCAGAAACAAUCCUGUUUUAAAAGGUGUGUCACUGAGGAGACAUGUCCAGGCGUAAGGAAAUGCUGUAUUUCGGCUGCUAGAGCUAUGUAG